AUUUCUUUUUCGUUUGUCUUCCUUUAAAAUUAGUCACGAUCCCCUCGAAUUCAUAUUAAUUUUGUAUAUUUAUUUAUAAUUUUACAAAAUUUUAUGACAAUAUUUUUAUAUUUAUUAAAAAUCUAAUUAAUUAUCUACAUUUUAAAGUUACCAUCUCAACAAAUUUAAACUUCCAUCAUGCAGGAUCCAAAUGAAGACACCGAAUGGAAUGACGUUCUCCGUGCCAAAGGAAUUCUAGCACCCAAACAAAAAGAAGCCGAAAUUACUGAAGAUCAAAUUGUUUCGUUGCUAGAAAAUGCCAUCGAAAAGCGAACUGGCGGUGAAAAGCAAAAAAACAUCGAAGAAAUGAACAUGGAUGAAUUAGACGAACUCGAGGACUCCGAAGAUGAAGGAGUUCUCGAGGAAUAUCGUCGCAAGCGAAUGGCCGAAAUGAGAGCCUUCGCUGAAAAAGCUAAAUUCGGUUCGGUGAGAGAAAUCUCUGGCCAAGAUUAUGUCAAUGAAGUGACCAAAGCUGGCGAAGGUAUUUGGGUUGUAUUGCAUCUGUACGCCAAUGGCGUACCUCUCUGCUCACUCAUCCAUCAUCACAUGCAACAAUUGGCUGUGAAAUUCCCACAAACCAAAUUUUUGCGUUCGAUAGCAACAACUUGCAUACCGAAUUUCCCCGAGAAGAAUUUGCCAACUGUUUUUAUUUAUCAUGAGGGACAAAUGAGGAAACAAUUUAUUGGUGCUUUGGAAUUGCGUGGUGAGAAAUUGACAACAGAUGAAUUGGAAUUUAUGUUGGGUCAGUGUGGAGCUAUUCCAACCGAGAUUAAGGAAGAUCCCAAACAACAGAUUCGUGACAAGAUGUUGAGUGAUUUGGAAUCAGUUGAUUUCUAUUGAUUUUAAAUGUGCUCUGGGUCCCGGCCCGGGAGAAUGUUAGAUUUAAAAUAUUUAUUCUUUUGUGUUCAAAAUUGAUUUUUUGUAUUCAAAUAAAAA